ACAUCCUGGUUUUCUCCCGUUCCGUCGCAGAUCACGAACGACAUAUUCGACAAGUACUUCAGAGACUCCUUGAGAACAAGCUCUUUGUUAAAGCAGAAAAGUGUGAGUUCCAUGUUCCAAAGACCACUUUUUGGGUUACGUCAUUGCUGAGGGGCAGCUUCAAAUGGACCCAGCCAAGGUAGCUUCAGUCACAGAGUGGCCGACGCCAUCCACAACAAAGGAGCUGCAGCGAUUCCUUGGCUUCGCCAACUUCUACCGGCGGUUCAUUCAGAACUACAGUCGGGUGGCAGCACCCUCACUGCGCUCACAUCAACCCUAACGUCCUUCCAAUGCUCCUAUCCUCGUUCAUCCGGAUCCACAGAGGCAGUUCAUAGUUGAGGUCGAUGCAUCAGAGUCGGGGUUGGUGCGGUGCUGUCUCGGCGAUCCCAGACUGAUGGUAAGGUCCACCCUUGCCCCUUCUUUUCUCGCAAGUUGUCUCAGGCAGGGAAAAAUUAUGGGAUCGGAGACCGGGAGCUCUUGACGGUGAAGAUGCUGUUGGAGGAAUGUCAGCAUUUCCUGGAAGGCGCCGAACACCCAUUCAUCGUGUGGACCGACCACAAGAAUUUGGAAUACAUCCGCUCUGCUAAGAGGCUGAGCUCCCGUCAAGCCAGGAAAGAAGCGUCUGGAUGUGAAGCUUUCCUUCUGAGCUACUGCUGCCGUAUGACCCCGUCAGCGACGCCCCUGGGCCCCGCAGAAGGGGUUUGGACUCCUCCCAGAGGUUCGGCGGAAUGAAAAGUCUCCCCGGCCGCGCGCGCGCCCAGUCCACCGACGCACGCGGACACACACGAUGAUGCCGGCUCCGGCUCUGGCUCUGCUGCUGACGUCCCUGGGGGCGGCCGCGGCUCAGGGCCCGUCGGGCUUCGGCGGGCCCCCGCGAGAGGAGGCGCGGCCGUUCAAGCGCAGCCAGUGCAAGGCCAUCCCGGCCUCGCUGCAGCUGUGCCGGGACAUGGAGUACAGCGACAUGCGUCUGCCCAACCUGCUGGGCCACGAGAGCAUGAGCGAGGCGGUGCAGCAGGCGUCCUCGUGGAUCCCGCUGGUGCACAAGCGCUGCCACCCGGACACCCGCAAGUUCCUGUGCUCGCUCUUCGCGCCCGUCUGCCUGCCCGACCUGGACGAGGCCGUCCGGCCGUGCCGCUCGCUGUGCGAGGGCGUCGAGCGAGGCUGCGCGCCCAUCAUGGCCGCCUUCGGCUUCCCCUGGCCCCCCAUGUUGGACUGCCGGGCCUUCCCCGCCGACGACGACAACGACCUCUGCAUCCCGCCCGCCGACCUCCGCAAUACGGUGCCCGUCACCAAAGAAGUGCCCCGAGUGUGUGACGCCUGCAAGGAACGCGAUGAAAAUGACAACGAAAUAGUGGACAAUUUGUGUAAAAACGACUUUGCUCUGAAAAUGAAAGUGAAGGAGAUCUCGUACAUGGACGGCGACACCAGGAUCGUGCCGGAGAACAAGAGCAAGACCAUCUACAAGCUGCACGGCGUGAGCGAGCGCGACCUGCGAAAGACGGCGCUGUGGCUCAAAGACGGUCUGCGCUGCGUCUGCGACGAGAUCAACGACAUCAACGCCGCCUACCUGGUGGUCGGCCAGAAGAUGGACGACGGACGCCUCGUGGUCACCUCGCUCAAGCGCUGGCAGAAGGGACGCCGCGACUUCAAGAGGAUUUCGCGCAGCAUACGCAAGCUGCAGUGCUAAAAACAUAUAUAUAUAUAUAUAUAUAUGACAACAACAACAACAUUACAUAAGACUGUUUCAGCCGUACGUAGCCUGUUUUCAAAAUGAGCAACAUCAGCCAGCUUCUUCGAUUUUUUUUUCCAAUUGUAAAAAAAAAAAAUUUUUAAAAUACAUCCAAACUUUUGAUAGUGUACAGGUCAUGAUGGAAGUAAAUAGGGUCAGGAUGUCUCGCAAAAAAAAGCUAUUUGUAAUAUUUUGCCACUUUGGACAAUUUCAAAUUCACGAAAGUCGUACGACAAUUCUGCUCAGACAUGAGAAAUUUGAUCAUUACAUUUUAAGCGGUCUACAUACGAUAUAUGGUUUUCCGACAGCACAAUACGUGCAAACUUUCGCCUAAUUGUUCAAUGUUUGGAGUAAUGAAGUCGUGUCCGUUGUCCAAUUCGGAAUUUCCAAAAGUCAUGUAACAAUUUUGUUCAAACAUCAGAAAUGUAAGCUUCAAUUUCAAGUCUUCAUACAAUUGAGAAUUGGUCAUUCAAAGUUGCGAUCGUUUUCAGGUCAUGUUAUAAAAAGGAGAGCCGUAAAAGUCACAAAGUACUUUCAAAAUCUAGCUAGUUCCAACAAUUUGGAAUUUCCAACAAUUUUGCUCAAACAUCAGAAAUUUCAUGUGGUCUGCAUGCAGUACUGCAUGGUUUCAAGAGGGGGGAAAAACAAACAAAAAAGAGAAUACAUACCAAUCUUUACCUUUUUUAAAUAGCGUGUUGUCAUUGAGUAGUGUCAAGUUCGUGUGAAAGGUAAAACAAACCAUAAAAGCUUGUCAAACAUGGAAAACCCCUUUCUGAAAAAGAGACGAGCUCAAGCUAUUGCGACUUCCCGCAACUCGCGCGGAAAUUUUGUUCGAGUGGUCAACACACUACGUCGGUAGUGUUCCAAUGAAAACAAAUGAAACAUACACGUUUGCACCAAAUGAUCGUCCGAUGUUUGGAAUUUGAGGACACAUUUCGACUUUUUUAGCUCACUGCUAUUUGUUCUUCAAUUGUCUGACUGUAGUUUUCUCGAAAGGUUCGCUCGUGUCGUUGGAGUGCACCUUUCCUCAUAAUUCUAGCGAAAUUUGCAUGACGUUCAGAUAAGAGUUUCCUCGAACCAUGAAGAAAACCGUCCAAAUUGGUCACGCUAACACAAUCUUUGCUUAAAAAUCAAACAUUGUGUGAAAUAUUUGGACCACAAUUUUGGGGAAAUUUGGGGUCAAAUUUCACAAAGGUCUUGAUUUUCAAGCGAGAGUUUUGCUCCAUUUUCCGACCAUUGUUUCCUUCAAAUUUUAAGUUACAUUUCUGAUUUCCGCACUAAAUUCUUGCUGAAUUUUUGAAAUUAUAAAUGUGGAAUUCUAAUUUGUUGGUCUGUUUGAGUUUCAAGGUUCCACUACUAGCAAAAUGUGGACUUUACGGAAGGCCUGAAUUCACUAAACGAACAAAUCCAAGUAAUUAAUGAAACGCGUAGCAAAUAUUUAGAAAAUGGGCCAGAUGACAUUAUUGUUGAAAAUGCAAAUGAAUGUUUCUUAUUUUUGUAUUCCCAAUGUUUUCUUCAGCCAAAAAUGAGAGAUAGCUGGCUAUGUUCUCGUUUUUUUUUUUUUUGUUUGUUUGUUUGUUUGGUUGGUUCUUUUUGUGUUUGUUUGUUUGUUUGUUUUUACUAUUUUUUACCUGAGCCACGAUAAACAUAAACAGACAUUUUCUGACUCCAUAUUUUUAUUUUUGUUCUUGCAACUUUGUAGUGUCAUGUUUGUUACAUUAUAAAUGUUCAUUUAGCUAAUAAUCACAUUGUAUGUGCAAUAUUUGUUUUUUUUAUGUAUUGUUUUGUAAAUAUCGAAACGUCGUCUUUUGAGCUUGUAUACACGUUUUCAGAAAAUGUAAUGGUAAUAAACAAUGUGUUCAAGGUGGCUUUUUAAAAUGGAGUUGCAGUAUUUUAUGACUUAGUAUUAAAUCAUUAAUAAACACAAUUCAUGAAUAAAAGAAUUAUUUUAAUAUAACAAAUUAAAGCCACGUGUUCACGAUGGCUUUUAUAUCUCGUUCUUUUUCUCAUUUGUCUUUGUUUACUGAAAAUGCAAUUCAUUCAAUUAAUUAAAUGAAUUCAAUAUUUAAAACAUUUCAUAAAAAUGUGCCAGUAUGCAUUUUUUUGUGACUAUCAAAAUACAAUGAUCUUGUAUCCAGGUUUUCAGAAAAUUCCAUGGUAACAAACAUGUACAAGAGGGCUUCUUUGUCUAGUUAUUUGUAUAAUUUGUAUUUAUGAAUGAACACAAUAAGUAAACCUGUCAUCUUUAAA